GGGCCGGCGGAGCAGGAGGGCAAAGGGGCAGCGACAGAGCGCACCGGGCCGCCAUGGUGCUGGUGGUGGUGAUGGGCGUCAGCGGCUCGGGGAAGACGACGGUCGGGUCGCGGCUGGCAGAGAAGUUGGGAUGGAAAUUCUACGAUGCAGACGAUUAUCAUCCUCUCGAGAAUAAGAAGAAAAUGGACAGGAUUCCUUGGCUUUGCACAUUGCAUGACAUACUAAGGAGAGAAGACACAUCUAGACAAGAUACAAUUCUGGCCUGUUCUGCACUGAAAAAGAUGUACAGGCGUGUGUUAAUUAGUGGAGCAUCUGCAAUUGAAACCAACCAGCCAGAGCAACCAAGAGAAAAACCAGCACUGAAGAUUCUCUUUGUUCACUUGGAUGGACCUAUGGACAUCAUUGCUGGCCGCUUGGAGAAGCGGAGAGGUCAUUUUAUGCCACUUGAACUUCUCAAGUCUCAGUUUGAUACUCUAGAGCCACCUAGUGCACCAGAAAACUUCAUUACUGUCAGUCUAGAAAAAUCUCUCCCAGAAACAGUGCUAGAGAUUGAGAAAGCCAUUCUUCAGAGUGAGGCUUUGAUGGAGUAAUUUCCUGAAUUGACACAUAUAGAAAUUCCCUGAAAGACAGCAAGGCUAUGAGACAAGAUUUUAAUUAUUAACUUGAUUAUUAAAUCAAACCAACUCAUUGUUAAGAGCUGAUUUACUACUAAUUUUUUUAUCAUGGCUCUGUAAAAGACAUAUAAGAUGUAAUUGGCAAGAACUGUUAACUUUUUAAGCCCUUCACUCUCUGAAGUUAAAAUUCUCAUUUUAGUAAGCCUACUUUUGAAAAUCCUGGGCAAGAAUCACACAGAAUAAUUUAUUUUCUUAAUUUUAAUAUUUACUCUGUCAGACACCGAGAUGCGGACAUCUGCUAUUACAAGAUUAAAUAAUUUACAGCUUUGUUAAAAAUAACAUAAUUUUCCUAGAAGAGGCAGAAACAUGGAUGAUUGUUUGAGUGUGAGAAACAGAGGCCUCUCUGAGUUCCUCAAAAUGCAGGGUUUGAAUUAAAGCCUUUACAGAAAUUAAAAUAUAUUAAGCUACACAGACAUGAAAUGGAGCUGUAAGCUUAAGUUUUAAGUAUGUAAGUAAGUAAGUUUAAGUAAGUAAAAAUAUGUUUUAAGUGCCUUAAGGAGCAAAAGCACUCGAAUCUGGUGUUAAAAACAAGCUUCAAAAACACGCUUCAGUGAGAGCUCGAAAACAUAGUUCUAGACAUAAUAAAAAUAUAGUAAGAAUAUUGCUUACGUUCUUCAGAUAGAACAGAUAGGCCAUAUAUGCAAGUUAUGCUUAAACUUCUGUACUAUAGAACUAGAAUUCUAAUAGGUUUAGAAGAAAUGCUUCAGGUUCGUGGUUUUAGGUCACUGGGUAAUUUGUAAACAAAAAUCCGUGUAUUGGAGUGAGAGCUCUCUCAUUGUCUCUCUCCUCUCUCCUCACUGCCCUCAUCAUCGCCUGGAAGAAGACAGGAGCUGCUGCUGCAACUUCGGCCCUCCCAGGGCCUUGCACCAGGAACUGCUUCUGUUUCUAAUCAGGACUUGACCUCUAUUCGGGGCUCUAGGCUGAAGCUUUUAGCACAGAAUUUAACACUUGGGACUCUGUCUUUUGAGACUGAUGUGCCUUUUACAAUAAACAACUUUACAGCGACUAACAACUGCUCUGCUCUCUUGAAGAACUAAACCCAUCACAAUAUUGACACAUGAUGAAGUUCCAUACAUGACACUACCCUGUCUCACUGCCGGAUUUUCAAGUUGUAGUUCUGUGUCUGUAUCCUUGUUGACCUCACCAGAACACUGAUGACUUCAUGAGAAUUUUUCUGAUCUCUUACUGUAUACAUUGACCACCAAGCUGAAAAAUGUGCGAAAAAAAAGGUAGUGGUGAUGAUGCAAUAUUCAAAAUUUAAUUGAAUUAAAAGCUUUAGAAAUAAAAGUGGCAUCCUACUGCCUCUGAACUUAGUGCUUUCAUGUACAAAGUGUACGCAUCUCAGUCAAGCGUGACUCAACCAGUGAUUUAAAGUACUGAAUGCAAGAUUGAUAGACGUUUCUUUCUUUCUGAAAACUUAUUCUUUCACAGUUGGACCUUCUCCUUCCCUUCCCAAUGCUGGUGGGCACCUCAGUGCAUGUCAAUGCAGUUGCUUUAAAGCUUCUGAUUAAACUAUCCCUAAUACAUAUUCUUCUCAUCUUUUUUGAUGAAGAAUUUUUUUUUAUUCCUGGGAUGAUAGAUGAAUUCCUGUAGAAGAACACCUCAUGUUUUAAAGCAUCUUUAGUGCAAUUUUUACCUGGGUAAGUAGUUGAAAAACAUUAAUCAUGGCUCUCACUAUGUAUGAAAACAGUAAGGGCUUUGUGGUUUAUGAGGCAAAAUAGUGUGCUUAAAUUAGCGCAAUAAAUGGGCAUUAUCUUAUUGAAAGCAAC